UUGUUCCCGUCGUGGCCACUACAUAGAUGGUGUUUACCCUCAGGUAAAUGCCACCGGUGCUCAAGAAGCCACUAUAGUGUGCUACAAGCGACCAGUGUGCUACAAGUGACCAGUGUGCCACAAGCCAGCGGUGCUCAGCAUGCUACCAGUGCUCAAGAAGCCACGUGUGAUGCUCAACAUGCCAGCAGUGCUCAACAGCCGAGCCCCCAGGAGGUCACAGUUAUGCUACGGGAGGAGCGCUCUACCCGCCGCCGCUCGCCCGGGUUCAUCCUACUCCGUGUUUACAAAUACAACAAUGGCGGCAAGCGAGGUGAUAGAGCUCGACUCCGGCUCCUCUGACGACGACUUCCAGGAGCCUCCUAGAAAGCCUAUUGGUUGGAACUACCAGUUAACUGCUUCGAAGAAAGAUAAGUUUCAGGAGAAGACUGGUAAAGCAAAUGGUGCAGUUCAUAAGACUGAUGACCAAGGUGAUGAUCUAGAAAUUGUUGAAGUAAAGUCUGAUAAGAUCAAACUUCCCAAAGGAACAGUCUUUAAACCACUUCCAAUUUCCAGUACUAGAUCAGAAAUUCGUAAAAUUAUAAGAAACACUUCACAGUCGACUAUCUCGGACUUUUUUGUAGAUGCAAAAAAAAAUAAUAACAGUGAAAGUACAAAGACUGAUGGUAAUGAGUCAGAUGAUUGUGAAAAAGAAGAAACGGUUAAAUCUAAUUCUCUGCCAGAAAGUGAUAGAAAAAAAUAUGUAAAAACAGAAGACAAAAAAUCCGACAGAAAUGCAGAUAGAAAAGAGGACAGAAAAGAAGACAAAAGAGAAGAAACAAAAGACAGAAAAGAAGACAAAAAAGAAGACAAAAAAGCAGAGAGAAAAGAAGAAAAAAAUGAAAGCACAAAAGAAGACAACAAAGAUGACACUGUGGAGGAAAACAGUGAAACAAGCAUAGCAUCACUAGAGAAUUUUGUGAGUCGGUGGGAGGAAGUGAAAUCCAGUAAAGAUGACCACAAGAUUCGUGACAAGUUAUGGAAAUAUUACUACUUGUCUCAUUCUAGCUACACUCAUUCCAGAAAGUUCAUCAAUAUGAUUGAGAGUGCAACACGUAAGCUGUCGAUUGACAACAUUUAUGUUGUAAUAAAAGACAUAUUAGACAGUUUGAAGCGAUACAAAGAUGCUCCCUUUGGAGACAAGAAACAGCGGAUCAGUGGUGAAGAGUCAACCGGUGAGGGUGGAGUAUCAUCGCCAUUACCAGAAGAAACGGAAGAAGAAAAAAAACGGGCCUCCAGGCUAAGAAAGGUCGAGAAAAAAAUGAAGGAAAUAUCAGAUAAAAUUAAAGAAUUGGAAAGCAGUGAAGUUGAUCUUGAUGAUGAAGCAAACUCGUCUUACUUAGUGGAGGAAAGACUAAAAAGACAGUUCACCAAACUACACGAUUACUACUGUAAAAUUGCUCAGUGCUCACCUGCCACAGGUCGCCCGAUUGAAAGAAAGUUCCGGUAUCAAGGAUCACGGUGGUCAGAAGUUAAUAAGAGAAUUACUGCAUGGGUGAACAAAACUAAAGAGUUUCCAGAUUAUGUGGACAUCUUGAACCUUUUAAAGAAGGUUACAAAACAGAGCAGCCUGCCUUUGAGACCAGAAACUGUCAGAGUUCAGGCCCAAGAAAUAUUUCGUGAUGUGGGAAGGAUGUUGAAAGAACGGAGGGAGAGCGAUGACUUGUACAACAUAUACUCUUAUGCGGAUGAUGAUGUUGAAGAUCCUGCUAUAAAAGAUGAAGAUCUAAAUCAGCAGUUGACCGAAAACGAAAGUAUAGCUAAGGAUAAACUAGAGAAGAUUUUUCAGGAGUUUGUUGACAAAGAUGCAGAAGCAAGAGAAAACACAGAUAAAAAUAUUGAGAAGAACAAGAAAAGUUCUAAGGAAGAUAAUGACAAGGAGGAAAUAGAUACAAACCAGGAGGUCAAUGUGGGGAAAGAGGAACUCAAAGAGGGCAUUGAGGGCGAAGAAGACCAAGAAAUUGACGAUGAUGGUGAUGACGACAUAGAUGAUGUUGAAGCAGAUGAUGAUGAGGAAGAUGAAGAUGAAGAUUAUGAUUUAGUAUUGUUAGAUGAGGAAACAGAGGUGCAAAAUAUCCAGGAGAACAAGUUACUGUAUGAUGAUGAUGGUGAUAUCACUGAUGAUGAUCUGAAGAAUGUGUUGGCUAGUGUCUGCUUUGAUGAGGAAGUAGACUUUUCUGAAGAAGAUGUUCCACUUGUUGACAGUGAGGAAAUGGAUUAUCUCAAUACUGAAGCAGAUGAUGAUAGUGAGGUGGUGUGCUUGGAUGAUAAUGAUGAUAAUAAUUAUGAAACAGAUGAAGGAAAAGUGGCAGGUGAUAAAUUUGAAGGAAAUGGAAGGGAUUUAGAAGUAAAGGAAGCAGGAAACAGAGCAGAACAAACGGCAGGUGAUGUAGUCAUAAAAGAAAAGGAAGCAGGUGAGCCAACUUCAAAAGAGAGUUUGCCAUUGUCAAAGCCCACCUCUCCACUAUGUAAUCAGAAAUUUCAUAGUGAGAAACGCAAAUUGGAAGAUUUAACAAUUUGGCCGGAAAAAAAACACUGUUCAGAGACUUCAUUCCCUUGAUUGUUAACCUUUUAGUGCACAAAAAUUAUUUAUCUAAUAUCAUUUAUUAUUAAUAUUGAGUAAUAAUAAAUCUGUAUUAUUAAU